UUGUAAUCUGCCCUUUCCGCUUGGGCUCAACAAGAAGAUUAUCAAAGGCUAUGUUGCUCUGCAACACUAUCCUCUGCCAGAGGAGAGAGUAUUUUUCGUGUAAAUGGUUCUAAGAGAUUCGAUUAUAUCUUUCUGUAUCUCUAAUUCCAGCGGACUGGCUCUGGUUCUUCAAAUUCUUUAAGGUUUAGGGCUAUCUCCUUAGGGUUUCUCCAACUCUCUCUCUUUCCGGGGCGUACUCAAGUCCUUAGCACGAGCUAGAGAGACAACCCGAGAAACAUACCUGAGAUGGGGGUCUCGUUCAAGGUAGCAAAGACUGGUACCCGGUUUCGUCCCAAACCUCCUCAUUCCGAUAUUUUUCUUGGCGACGGAAGCGAAAAUUUGAAGGAGAAUUCCCGGACUCUCGUCGGGAAUGGAUCGAAUUCGACUACCAAUCGGAAGCCAGAGGCUGACACCAUCGAAGCGGGCGAGGAAGAUGUCGGUAUAUCUGGUUCAUCUAUGAGUUCCGGAGGAGAUCUAAGUUCAUCAGGGGAAGAAGUAUCUUUCACAUUGAACCUUUACCCAGAUGGAUAUUCAAUUGCAAAACCUUCAGAAAAGGGGUCAAAGCAUCCAGCUUCUCUUCAAGAUAUUCCCAAGUUGUUGCAUCCAUAUGACAGGACAUCUGAGUCUCUCUUCUCUGCAAUUGAGUCAGGUCAAUUGCCUGGUGAUAUUCUGGAUGACAUACCGAGCAAGUAUUUUGAUGGGGCACUUGUUUGUGAGGUAUGGGACUAUCGUAAGUAUGCAUCUGAGCCAGGAAGUAAUGUUUCUUCUGCUGAUAGAUCCCCCAUUGUUAAUAAAGUACGUCUUAGGAUGUCGUCAGAGAAUGUUGUGAAGGAUAUUCCCUUGAUCUCAGAUGAGUCUUGGACAUAUAGUGAUCUGAUGGAGGUAGAGUCUCGGAUCUUGAAAGCUCUGCAGCCACAACUUUGUCUAGAUCCUACCCCGAUGUUAGAUAGACUUUGUGUUAACGCAGUUCCAACUAUGCUCAAUUUGGGUUUGUCUGGUGCAAGAAAGAGGAGAUUGAGGCAGAUGCCAGAUGUGACUGUUUUAUCAAAUAAUCAAACCCAUGGGAAGAAAGUCUGCAUUGAUAGGGUGCCUGAAAGCUCAAAUUUCAGGGCUGGAGACUCCAAACCCACAACAAAUGAUGGAAACUCACAGCAAAUCAAUGAGGAUAUCACUGCCCAAAAUAGUGUUUCAAGUAGUGCAUCAGGCUUCAGAUAUAAAAGCUUUGGAGCUGAGGCUUCUGCACCCGCAUCAUCUUUGGUAUCCCAUAAGGCCAAUUAUCAAUUGGGGAUUGGGUACCCCAGAACUAUGCAAGAUUGUGGGGCAGGGACAAUUAUGAGUUCAUCAGGUGCAUCUCCUACUGGGCAGGACUUGAUGAUUUCAUACACUGAUUCUAUGAACUCUGGUGUCUCAUCUUUUCAUGGAAAGAGGGAAAACGAAAAUGCCCAACUGGCACCCUUGUCCAAUGUCAAUAAGAGAGCUAGGCAAACCCCAGUUGUUCCUGAUGGCAUUCAGCAGCAGCAAUUGGGUCAACAAUUCGAUAGUCUCCAUGGAACAGAUAUACACUGGAAGAGUACAUUGUUGCAGCAACAAUCCGACGCACGAGGUAUCCAGUAUGCCAGUAUUGGAGCUCAAAAAUAUCCCGCUCCGGUGCUUGGAGUUCCAAAUCAUGAGGCCAUGGUAUCACCGUUCUAUUUGGAGCAGCCGGGAAUGAGAUUUGGUGUCAAAGAAGAGCGGAUUGAGACGGAUAAAUUGCACAAGCCAGAGCUUGAUAGGAAUAAAAAUGAUUCCUACACGGUGGAAACAGAGGCUAACCAACUGGAUGCACAGCAGUUGCGACUUCAACAAAGGCUCACACACCCCUUUAUGAGGUCCCAUUUCCCUCAGGGUCAGUGGCAUAAUCCACUCAUUGAGAAAGAUCCAAGAAAGGAAGACCAACUUCAGAAAAGGAAAACAGUGCAAAGUCCUCGGGUUUCUGGAGGACCUCUGGUUCAAUCUCCAGCAUCCUCCAAGUCUGGGGAAUUUCCAAGUGGUUCCUUAGGACCUCAAUUUGGUGCAGUCACCGCAACUGCUGCUCUUGGAUCACUAACAAAGGAGAAAACAAGUGCCAUUUCAGGUAUCACAGCUGGGGGAGCUCCAUCUGCUACUUCAAGUCCAAAUGAUCCCAUGCAACAGCAACACCAGGCACCUGUGAAGCGAAGAUCAAAUUCCCUCCCCAAAACACCAGUCAUGAGUGGGGUUGCGUCUCCUGCUAGUGUGAGUAAUAUUAGUGUUCCAUUGAAUGAGAAAAGCCCUUCAGUUGGAACCCCACCUUUGGAUCAAGUUAUGCUCGAGAGGUUCUCAAAGAUUGAAGCCGUGACUAGGAGGCAUCAGCUUGGCUGCAAAAAGAAUAAGGUGGAUGACCACCCUGCAGUAAGGAAACCCAUGGUGUAUUCAACUCAACAGCUUUCAUUUUCUCUCUCCAACGUAAAUAAUGAGGAUCUCAAGGAUGCAGCAUCUGAGAGACAAUUGUCAAAGUCAUUUAUAGGUGGGAGCAUGAAUAUCUGCAAAACACGAGUUCUAACUUUCUUGCAGACAGGCAGAUUUCAAGGAAAUGUUACUUCUGUUGUUCAUAAGGCACGGAGCAAAUUAAUCAUGUCAGAGAAGCCAAAUGGUGGUACAGUAGCAAUGUAUUAUGGAGAUAUAGAUGAUGUCGAUAUUCUGGCUGUUGAGGAUUAUCUGCCUACUUUGCCUAAUACUCAUUAUGCAGAUUUGCUUGCUUUACAAUUUUGUUCACUGAUGACUCGUGAUGGGUAUCAACUCGCUGAUGAUCAAAUCCAACUAAAACCAACUCACAUGAUUGUUGCCCCCAAUGGUCAAUCUACUGCCACUGGAAAUCCUGCUGGUGCAGCUGCUGAGAUGCAGCAAUAUGCGGAACAAGUUUCGGGUCAGCCAUCCAAUGCAGUGGGCACACCAACUAUUAGUGGGGCUGGCACUUUGAACUCUUCUCAGAAUCUUGUAACCAGUACACGGAUGCUUCCACCUGGAAACACUCAGGCCCUACAGAUCUCUCAGGGAUUCUUGCCAGGGGUUGCAGUGCCUGCUAGGCCACAGCAGUUGGAUCCACAACAACCGCUUCAACAGCAGCAAAAUCAGCACUCCCUCAUGCAACAACAGCAUUCUCAAUUCCAGAGAUCACCGUUGAUGCUUCCUACAAAUCCACUCUCUCACCUUAAUGCAAUUGGGCAGAAUUCAAACAUGCAGAUGCCAAGCCAAAUGGUUAACAAGUCUUCCCAUUUCCCACUUCAGUUGUUACAGCAGCAGCAGCAACAGCAGCAGCAGCAGCAGCAGCAGCAACAGCAGCAGCAGCAGCAGCAGCAGCAACAACAACAACAACAGCCGCAGCAGCAGCCACAGCAGCAGCAGCAGCAGCUGCAGCCACCACCGUCACAAAUGCAGAGGAAAAUGAUUAUGGGACUGGGCACAGCUAUGGGUAUGGGGAACAUGGGGAAUAAUAUGGUUAACCUUGGAGGCCUUGCCAAUGUCAUGGGCAUGGGGGGUGUUAGGGGAAUGGGUGGUGCCGCUAAUUCAUCUCCAAUGGGUGCCAUGUCUGGCAUGGCUAACAUGGGUCAAAAUCCCAUAACUCUGACCCAGGGUUCCAAUAUCAGCAAUGUUAUACAACAGCACCUCCGUUCUGGUACUCUGACUCAUGCACAAGCUACUGCCAUGGCAGCGAGGCUUAGGAUGGCGCAGAGCAGAGCAGGCAUGUCGGGGGGAGGCCCUCAGGCAGGCAUUACUGGGAUUCCUGGAACUGGGCAAAUGCAUCCUGGCUCUCCUGGUCUUUCAAUGCUAGGACAGACACUGAACCGAGCCGGUGUGAACUCUUUGCAGCGCUCUGCAAUGGCACCGAUGGGGCCACCUAAGAUGAUUCCUGGAUCAAAUUUAUAUGUAAACCAGCAACAGCAGCAACAACAACAAAUACAACAGUUACAACAACAACAAAUACAACAUCAGUUACAGCAGCAGCAACAACAGCAGCAAAUUAGUUCUCCACUUCAAGGUGUUAUUUCACCUUCGCAGGUGGGUUCUCCAGUAGCAAUGGCAAUUCAGCAACAGAUGAAUCAAUCACCGCAACCACAGAUUAGCCCACAACAAAUGAACCAACAAACUCCAAUGAGCCCACAACAGUUAAGCUCAGGAGCACUGCAGCCGAUGAGUGCUGGCAAUGCAGGGGCUGGUCCGGUGAGCCCACAGUUGAGUUCUCAAACUCUUGGUUCAGUUGGUAGCAUUACAAGUUCUCCUAUGGAACUGCAAGGUGUGAAUAAGGGCAAUUCUGUUGGUAAUGUAUAGGCAGUCAAAAAGCUUCAUGUGAAAAGUCUUAUUGCCUGGAUUGUAUUGCUCGUUGGUGAACCCCCCCUGCAUCAUGUACUCCGAUGGUUGAGCAGGCAGUAAGUAUUGUUGUGGGAAACAGUAACCCUCUGCGAUCAUGUUGAUAGAAUGUCCUAACUGUUCCUCACUGUUCGGAUCCAAUGUAAAGAUGUCCUGGGCCCUACUAGAAAUGGUAGGUAUAAAGCUAAGAUGCAGACCAAGAUGUGGGUACAUUAUGUUUAUCUGUAUAGAGAACUGUAGAGACAGAUUCAGUUGUGAAAUAAAGCUCUUAGAUAUCACUGAUGGA